AUGAAGUGCCUCCUGCUCGCCCUGGGCCUGGCCCUCGCCUGUGGCGUCCAGGCUGCCCACAUCCCCCAGACGGCAGAGGACCUGGACGUUAGAAAGGUGGUGGGGACGUGGCACGUGGUGGCCAUGGCGGCCAGCGACAUGUCCCUUCUGGACGCCGAGAGUGGCCCACUGAGAGUGUACGUGGAGGAGCUGAAACCCACCCCCCAGGGUGACCUGGAGGUCCUGCUGCAGAAACGGGAGAAUGGCAAGUGUGCUCAGAAGAAGAUCAUUGCGGAAAAAACCGAGAUCCCUGCAGUGUUCAAGAUCGAUGCCUUGAAUGAGAACAAAGUCCUCGUGCUGGACACUGACUACAAAAAGUAUCUGCUCUUCUGCAUGGAAAACAGUGCUGAGCCCGAGCAAAGCCUGGCCUGCCAGUGCCUGGUCAGGACCCCGGAGGUGGACGACGAGGCCAUGGAGAAAUUCGACAAAGCCCUCAAGGCCCUGCCCAUGCACAUCCGGCUCUCCUUCAACCCGACCCAGCUGGAGGAGCAGUGCCGCAUCUAGGUGAGCCCCUGCCGGCGCCUCUGGG